AUGACAACACAGCGUCCAGUAUCCGAACAGUUUAAUCUUCAACAAAAGCCAGGAUCUAACCUACAGUAUAGGCAAUCAGCGGACCUUUCGCACUUGGGACAACCACCAGCUAAUCAUAGGACUUCUCGUCCAACCUCCGAAAUAUUCUCCGCUAAUAAUCAUAAUACAUACCAAUCACCUGAAGCUGAAGCUAUUGACAAAUGGUUUGAAGAUCUUCAACAUUAUGAACAGACUCUUGAAGAAAUGGCUACUGCAAGUUUAGAUCAAAAUUUUAAAGAAGAACUUAGCGCUAUCGAACAAUGGUUUCGAGUAUUAUCUGAAGCAGAACGAACUGCAGCUUUGUAUAGUUUAUUACAACAUUCAACUCAAGUACAAAUACGGUUCUUUAUAACAGUUCUGCAACAAAUGGCAAGAAGUGAUCCAAUGGGUGCACUUUUGUCUCCAGCAAAUCCAGAGAAAGAUCUUAUGCAAGCACAAUUAGCUGGUGCCAUGGCAAAAGCAGAAGUUGAAGCAAAAUUGGCUGGUAUGUCCCUUAAAUCUCCUACAAGUUCGACGUAUCCACGUCGUUUAUAUGAUCGACAUUCAAGUGUCGAAUUCCUGUCCCCCGAUGCUGCAAUUUAUUCGGAUCCAGCAGCAACUCUUGCGCAACAAAGAGCUCGUCUUCAAUCGAACACGGGUAAUCGUAGCUCUUUAUAUUCUUCUCGACCUAAAUCCAUGGUAUCAGAAAAUAGAACGAGUAAUGGUCGACCAAAAUCCGCUGAUCUAAGUGCACUUCCUUGGACUCCGACAGGGUUUCCAUUACGUUCCCCACGACCAACAUUUGAUGGAGAACUGUCACCACUUAUCGGGGGAAGUUGGGCUAGUAUGGUUUCAACACCAGUUGUACCUAUGUUUGCUGAAAAUAAAAAUAAACAAGCAGCUGAUGCAGAUAUGGUUAAUAAAAAAUUGACCAAUUGGAGUAAUAGUUCUGGUAAUCGUGUUGUAUUAGAAAGUGACGUAAAAAAAUUCCGUCGAAAUCACGGAAAAUCAAAUUCCGGUGUUCCCGCGACGGUACAAGAAGAAAAGUAUAGUUCAAAUCAAGCAAAUAUUGUUUUAGCAAUGUAUGACGCUGAUGGAAAUAUUCGUUCACCUCAAAAUUCUCCUAUUCCCAGUCCAAAGUCAAUUGGCAGACAGGGAUCGCGUCCAUCGUCACCUAAUCCUAAUUCAUCUAAUUUGUAUCCUGGACAUUCUAAUUGGGCACCAUCAACUGGAGGGGGCAAAGGAAUUCAUUUGGCACCUCCGAACAUGGGCUAUAACGAAGAAAACGGUGAAACGGUUGGUUAUCAUAGUGAUCAUAGCGAUGUAUCACAUAAUAACGGAAAUACAAAUAUGAACACAAAAAAUCACUCUAAAAAUAAAAAGAAACAGAAUGACGAUACUGUUGAUUUUAAAUUAUUGGAAGAUAUUCCUGCAUGGUUACGCAGUCUGCGUUUGCAUAAAUACACUCCUGUAUUUGAAGGAAUGAAAUGGCAAGAAAUUAUCGAGUUGGAUGACUCUGAAUUAGAAAGAAAGGGUGUCGCAGCUCUUGGUGCCAGGCGUAAAAUGCUUAAAGAAUUUGAUAAAGUCAAAGCCGCAAUGGCUGAAAAAGAAAAAGCUGAAAAGGGAACAUAA